AUGGCCUCAGUGGAUGAGCCAUGGCAAGCUCUGGCCGCUGCAGCCAGUUUCGUUUGCAUCUAUGGCCUGACCGCCUUGCUUCCCAGGGCCCUAGCAUUGCCGGUGCCCAUCUCUAACAUCACCCACUGCAGCGAGCUGGAUAGACCUAUCAUUACCACAGCACGGCCACAUGGCAUCUCUGGUUGGUUUCGGCCGAAGAUCUUGUUGUGGGGAACUGGCGGUUGCUAUGAGUGGAAUGAUUGGGCUGUCGCUCCUUGGAAGGUGACAGUCCUAAAUUCAAUGCAGCUCGUUCUCUGCAUCGACCCCUACCGGCCAUUUACAUUUAUAAAAAGCCUCGAGUCUUCGCAAGGUUUUUGCCGCUUGGUUCGUCCUGGCUGCAUGAUUUGGGCUUCAUUUCUUGGCGUGCCAGUUCUCUUGGCUGCAUUCUUGCAGGUGCCGCUGCUCUGUUUCAGCUUCCAUUUUAAUCCUCAGUUGGUGUUGGCAGCGCCAGCAAUCACACUGGCUUUAUGCAUUUAUGUGCACCAGGUGAUCCAAACAAAGAAUCCUUUGCAUCAAAGGAUCCAGGGGUACAGGGAGUACAUGAAGAAGAUGAGGACCUGUUCAGCCACUGAAAUUGGAGCUCCACGAUCGGUGCGUUGGCGUGACUUGCGCCAAUUUGAGAUGACCUUCGAGACGUUCAUUGGGCAGAGGAACUUGUACUACAUGGUCAGCAACAUCAUCAAGCCCUUGACACAGCCAUUGAACUUAUCCUUUGCUGAAAUGGCUGGGCCGGGGAUGGAUUUGUAUUUCUAUGUGUCGCACAGUUACUGCUGGCAAUUCAGGACCACCUUGACCUGCCUUGGUGUACACGCUGCUGGACAGGCUGGACUUGAUUCCAGGUACUGGAUGUGCGCAUUCUCGAUGAAUCAGAAUCAGGUGGGGGAUGAGUUGGGUUAUGGGUGCCUGUUUGAGUCAGCUUUCCACAAAGCUUUGUCUAGCCCUUUUUUCCAAGGCCUGGUGGUUCCUUUUCCGGAUCCCUAUUCCUUAGAUCUAUACCUCUCACGCAGUUGGUGCCUCUUGGAGCUUUUCAUUGCUUUCACGCAAAACAACAACAGCAACGACCUGGAAUUGGAUCCAGUGUCGUUUUGCGCUCCUUCUGGCGUAUUGAACCAAGGCCAGUGUAGCCCAGACAUGUGCAUGUUAUGCAUGGAGUGUUUAAGCACUUUGGAUCUGGACAGAUUAGAUGCUUCUUCCCAAGCAGAUUUGGAGAUGAUCCAGGGAUACAUCCAAGGGGUUGGAUUGGAGAAUUUUAAGAGGAUUCUGAGUAGCAGCAUCAAGAAAAUCAUAGAAUCUGUGGAGUGUCGUGCGUCGCUCAAUGCAGAGAGGGUGAAAAGCCAGUUGCUCUUGAGGAACUUCUCUCAGUUGCUGCAGCGCAGAGGAUGCGAUACUUUGGAGACGUGCCGUCCCGGGGCGGAGCGAUCCAUCAGUGCAGAGCAGCUUGAUGAGCUUCAGAGUUUCUUCGCAUCUGUCUUGGAUAACCGGGAUAUGUAUUGGGUUUGUGACGAGAUUGUGAAACCGUUGACUCAACAGAAGCAGGUCUCCUAUGCAGAGUUGGUAGGAUGUGGCAUGGUGAGAUGGUUCAUCUCACACUGGUGGGGGAUGCACUUCAGCCUCACCGUGAAGAGUAUCCUCAAUCACGCGAAGCAAACUGGUGAGGACAUGCGCUAUUGGGUUUGCACCUUCAGCAACAACCAGUGGAAGAUGUCCGAGGAAAUUCCGCCCCUUGCACCGCCUUCAGAGUCUUCCUUUUACAAAGCACUUCGGAGUCCUUCAUGCCUCGGAACGUGCAUGAUUCUGGAUGAACGUGUGGUGCCCUUGUCCCGUGCGUGGUGUUUAUUUGAGCUCCUUCAGACUUUCCUUAUCCAAGAUGAAGUUCCCUCCCGCGAAUCCUUGAACAUUUUGACGUCCUCUGGUGUGAUGAACAGCGGGAAGUGCAGUAUCGAUACCGCUAUGGCCAUCGGAAAGCAGUUGACCAUCUUAGAUUUGCAGGAUGCAGGCGCAUCCAAAGAUGCAGACAAACGUCUCAUCUUCACUGCCGUGGAAACGGCCGGUGGUUUCGCGGCCAUCAAUGCCAAAUUGAAACUUCGGAUCCGAAAGGUGAUUGGGGUGGUGGCCAACCAGUUUGACCAAGAUUUGCAGCAACUUCAUGUAGAACUUGGAAAGCAAAGAGAGCUGACGUGGAGUCAUGGAUCCAACGGCUUGGCAGGAAACCACGGCAAUCUUCUGCCGGCAAGACGUGUCAUGCACAUGUCACUAGCCGCCGGUUUCUUCGCUGGUGCUGCUGGUCUGCUUGCGCAUGUCGCGGACAUCUUGACAUGCUACAGUGCUCGGCCAGAACUUGAAGAGCUCUUUCAUGGCCCGGGAGACAUUUUGGAUUUUCACAAGGCUUCAACCAUGAUGGCCAAGAAAAACAUUUGGGAGCUUGCUGCAGGCCACGUGUUGGCUUUGAUCUUCAUUCCAUCUGGUUUUGCUGGUACCUGCCUGCUUUUCAAGGCGCUUAGGCAUCGGUACCGCUGGCUCCGUUGGCCAUUGGUCGUUUUCCUCUUCAGUUUCUAUGUGGCGGGUGCCCUCAUGCAUUGUUCAUUCACUUUUGUUGGUCUAGUGGCCAGUGCACCUGAGAGAGGACACGUUGUGCCACCUGGCCUGAGAGACGAUUUGAAGCCAUUCUUUGAAAUCAUUUGUCGCCUCGUGGGCGAGCUUGCGAUGCUUCCUGGCUGCAUCUUCACCUUUGUUCUGCUUGCUUUUGGCAUGACGCAGCUACCUCGAUGGACUGCACUCUUUACGCCUGGCCCGUUGCAGUUGGCAGUGGCUGUGGUUGCUCCAUACAUGCCGCUGUCCGUUCGCAUGUACAUGUUGGUGACCAUCUACAACCUGUCCAGUGGUAUUUGGCACCUGACCAUGGCCAUGGCCUAUUGGCGCUGCGGAUUUGAGAAGGAACCCUCCAAAGAAUAA